GCCCCGGUCCGUCCUCUCCUGUCCUCUCCUGCGGGCGGCGAGGAGGAAGCACCCCCGGGCAGGGAGGGGAAAAGCCGGAGCGCGGGGAGCGGCACCGGCGGCAGAGCCCCCCGGGGAAAGAUGAGCUUGUUGUCAGCCAUCGACACCAGCGCCGCGUCCGUCUACCAGCCCGCCCAGCUCCUCAACUGGGUCUAUCUCUCGCUGCAAGACACCCACCAGGCCAGCGCCUUCGAUGCCUUCAGACCCGAACCUUCCUCCUCCCAGCACCCCGACCUCGGCUACACCAAGAGCACCCCGGAGUUGGGCUCCUCGCUCAGCUCCAGCUAUCUCAACAGCUUCUUCCAGCUCCAGAGGAGCGAGGCUCUGAGCAGCAGUCUGUACAAGAGCGCAUCGCCUUACGGCUCCCUUAAUAACAUUGUGGAUGGGCUAAGCUCCCUCACCGAGCAUUUCUCCGACCUAUCCCUUUCUUCAGAAGCCAGAAAGCCCAGCAAGAGGCCACCUCCAAACUACCUGUGCCACCUCUGCUUUAACAAGGGACACUACAUCAAAGACUGCCCGCAGGCUCGUCCAAAAGGAGAAGGUCUGACUCCGUACCAGGGCAAGAAACGCUGCUUUGGUGAAUAUAAGUGCCCCAAAUGCAAGAGAAAAUGGAUGAGUGGAAACUCCUGGGCUAACAUGGGACAAGAAUGUAUCAAGUGCCACAUUAAUGUUUAUCCUCACAAACAGAGACCCCUGGAAAAGCCGGACGGCCUGGAUGUUUCGGAUCAGAGCAAAGAACAUCCCCAGCAUCUGUGUGAGAAGUGCAAAGUUUUGGGCUACUACUGCCGCCGUGUGCAAUAAACCUUCCAAGUGGCCUCUUCCCAUCCCCAUCAUCCUUAAAGAUCCUCUGGCAGCACGUGAUCAACAGCAACACAACAAAUCAAGAUAAAAGCUAAAAUAAUUGCCAAUAUUGCCUGUCUAAUAAUAUGCCUUACCAUUACUAGAAUGUAACAUUUCUCCUGUGCAUGCACACGCAUGCAACAGGUAUUUACAGGACUGAUUUGUAUGCAUACAUAUAUAUGUGAGUUUAUAUAUAUAUAUAUAUGUACAACACACAUAUAUAAAGCAUUACUGACAGUGUUCACAACAGAACCAGGGUUGCAGGUUCUGCUGAUUGUUUACACAGACCCUAUAUCAUGGCCAGGUGAAAUGAAGUACUAUUCAAUAGGCAAGGUAUAGUAUUCACAAGGAAUGUGUGUUAUAUGUAUGGCUUUUGCCGAGGUUGAAUAACUGUGGGGCCACUAGUCGUAAGCACUCACCCACAACACGAACGCUAUUCCUAUUAUAUGACAAGACAAAGGAAGAUGGAAGAAGCCACAGCAUAAAAGACGGAAACUUAUUUUCUAAUCCCAGUUUUAGAAAGUCUGAGAGUUUUGUGCUGCUUCUUUCUUGGACUUUUUCUAUUUGUUACCAUCACUCGGGCAGGGCUUAGGCAAAGUCAUUUUUGCAGGAUGUGGCAAAAAAAAAAAAAAGUGAAUAAUUGUUUGAGAGCGUGGGUUCGGUAGAAAGGGAUUGCCAUAAUGGGACCCAGAGCAUCAGGAAGGAUUCCAAGAGGUUUUUGGAGGACACAAAAUUGGCUUGUGCAGCUAACAGAUCCUUCUCUUGUCAUAUAAUCCCAUUGAAAUGGUCCUUGUAUGUGUAUGGGCUGUUCAUUAGGCCACAAGCACACUAAAUUUACUGUGAAUAAGAGGGGAUAAGAAUACUUACAAUUGUCCCCGAACCCCUUAAUUGAAAGAUUAGCCAAACUUACUAUUUAUAGUAGUUUUAAAGCCACUUUCUGGAAAUAUUUUUAUGUCCUGUUUUCUACUGUACAAAUUUGUUAUAAUAUAAAACUUCUUAGCCAUAGGGGUGUUUUAAGGCAUAGAGAACACUCUAUAUAGCCUUCCCUCUUUAUGUCUUCCUGAAACACCUACAUACCUGAGGAGAAAUGUAGGAGUUAUAUUUCAUUGUCCCAUUUCAGGUAAAACUUUGUGCAGGGACAUCCUGCUGCAAAGAAGUAUCUCAUCAGGGAUUGGGAAGUAGCAUGAACUGAAAGUACCUCGAGACAGUAUCUGUUUGUAUGUCUACAUAAGAGUACAUUGGCAGAAGGACACAACAAGCAAUUCAUUUGCAUUAUUCACUAAAAAAGGGAUAAUGUUUGGUUGGUUGCUUUUUGUUUUUAAUCAACAGUUUCUGUUUUUCUGAAGUUUCCUUUAGAGACAUUGAUUUGCGUGAAUGAUAUUUAGCGGAAAUACUUUAAAUCCUAAAUACCUUGAUGUGAAUUAAAUUUGUUUUGAGGAUUAAUUCCAUAACGCUAAGACAGAGGGUGUUUUGUGCCAAGUUAUAGCAGGAUGUUACCAGUAUGUACAGUCAAGCUCUUGUAAAGCAAAUUGAAAACUUACAGUGAGCAUUAGUAUAGGAAAUGUGAAGCUCUUUACGAAUUUGCUCUAGGGGUGAAACUUUUGCCUUUUCCCUGCUUUGCUAUAAGCAGGAGAAAAUUGUUUCUGCUUAUUCUGGUGGUAGUGUCAUAAACAUAUCUCACAAACUUCAUUAUUUAUGGGUGGCCCAAGGGACCCAGCCUACUGGUCGGAAUGACGGAUAAACAUUGGGACUCCUGGCUUCUGACCACAGCUCUUCCAUUAGCUCCCUGAUUUUGGGCAGGUCACAAGGUCCUUCUGGACCUCAGUUUCCCCAACUGCAAAAUGGGGAUAAUAAUACUUUAGCAUACCUACCUCACAGGGAGUUGUGAGGCUUAAUAUCUAUUAGCGUUUUGACAUCACUGGAUGAGAAGUGCUAUGCAACGCUAAAAUAGUAUUAACUAAAUUAAUCACUUCAAAACUAGUUUUGCCCAGUCGGCAAUUCCAUCAGCUAAAAUAGCUGAAAAUAAUAUUAUUGAAGGUUAACACUAACAACCGUUCAGUUGCCUCAGUGAAGAUAUGCAGCUUGAGCAUUUUCAAAUGGAAACAUUCUUUUGCACAGACUCAGAAAUUACCUUAGAGACAAGUUCUCUAAACAAAGAUACUAAUCUACCCAUACAAAUAAGAAAAUACACAGGGGUGGAUUUUCAAAGUUCAGCCUCUAGUAUUAAUCUUAGUAUUUUGUUUCAAGCACAAAUAAUAUCGAAAGAGCCACAUACUAAAGCCAGAUCUAUUUUUUCUCUUGAGCACUUAGCAUAUGAACAAAACAAUCACCUCAAUAUUUCGCAGCUGGCUAAAGGACAGGUAGAGAAACCCCCUUAAAUGAAGAUAAGGGAAAAUGUUAUUUUAUUUUUUCUCUGAAAUUAAGAUGUUGCUAUCAACCAUUCUUUCUGCAUUGAAAUAAUUUCCCUCUUAUGAUAACCACUAGAUCAGUAAAAUAUGCAUCCCUUGAUAUAGCUAUAUUAAUAUACAGCACAUGGUCAGGUUCUGAACAAAGACCUUUAUAUGCAAUUGUUGCUAUUUUCAUGACAGUGCCCUGUUAAAAAUUCUUUAUCCAGAUUCAACACCGCAUGACAAUGCCUUUAGCUUAUGGAUUUUUAGGUUGUACUAAAAAAUACACAUGAUCGACUUUAACACUAUGUCUAUAGGUGUAGAGUAAUAAUUCUUAAGAGCAUACUUAUAAGAGUUCAAUAUUUAUAUUACUGAUAUUUUCCUAGGCAGUAGACAUAUAAAGUGUUUAAGUAAUAGUCAGCGUAUUUAAAAUAAAGAGGAGAACAGAUUCUCCCCUGCACUAACAUUGGGGUAAAGCAGAUAAAGAACAAAACGUGUGGACAAGUGAGAAGCAACACUGCCGUAGUUUGUACUGCCUAACUGGGACACCACAAACCUGUCCCCAUGCGGGAUGCUGUUGCCAUCAGGCCCUGGCCACCCCAUGGCUGGAAGCAGCCCGCUUGCCAUGCCACCCCUGCCAAAAGUGGGGCUGGACUCUGGUUCCCCCCAGCCCUGUGGGGCAUCCCCUUGUCUUCUCUCCUCAUGGCACAGGGCUGAAGCCUCCUCUGCCCAAAGAGCUGGUGCCUGGGGAAGGCUGCAGCACCAAGCUCACCUGGGGGAGAACGUUCCUCUGUCCUUCCCUGUGUGAGGUUUCCUUGUAGGAUUAUAGCAUUUGGCCCUGGGCAUUUUCUCCACGGUCAUCUGUAUAUAGUUUGUGCCUUGGUGGAAAAACACAUCUGCAUAUGUGAUGUACAAUAGUUUAUGACCAUUGGCUUUUAGUUAAUGCCACAGAGGGAAAUUGCUGGAUUUUGAUAUUUUUAAAAAAGUGUAAUACAAUAUUUUUUUUCCUUCUCCCCCAUAAGGUAAUUCACCUAAGGACCUAACUAACCCUUUCCAAUUUGGAAAACCCUUAAAAAUAUAGAUUUUUGACUGUAAAGAGGAUGAAUUGAUUUACAUUUACCUCUUAGAUUUUUCUAAAUGCUUUCUGAUGUUCUCUUUAACCAGCUCUGCAUUUAGAGCAUCAGCUAGUAAUCCUUGAAUUAAUUUUUAGACAGUAUUACCAGAAGCGAAGCAGAUAUUAGUAACGAAAGAUUUUAAUCAAUACAGGCCUUCUCAACUUAAGUAUUCUUUGGAGAAAUAUGGCUCUCCGCAUUUAUUUGGCAAACUUGAUUUUUAACCUUAUAUUCUUGCUGUUGCCUGCCUACCAAUCCAUCCAGCACACACUGCUUUGGUUUGGGCUUUUGUUGUUGGUUUUGUUUAGGUUUUUUCUUUCCUCCUCACUCUUUGGAGGUUUUUAAGUUUUCAUUUAUUUCUGAAAAAAAAAAAAAACUUAACACAAUUUCUUUCCUGAGUUGGUCAGAACAUUUCACACAGAAUUUGUCCUUGGCGUUGGCACUGCUCUGGAGAAAAGUAUCAGUGAUUUGAAAUGCGUGGUGUAGGUUUUUAGCUGCUUUAACUUGAUGCGGCUCCAAUGAAGUUGUUACAAAUAUUUAAUUUAAUGGUGAUGAAGAAAAAUCCCUGUAAUUUAAAGGUUGGCCCCAUUUUAGCCAGUUUCUACUGCUGCUACCACGGACAUAAAAUGAUGCCACACAAGCAAAGUUUGAGGCCUUUUUGUCUCAAAGUUGCUUUUUAAUUUCAGAUAAAUACACAAGAGUAUAUAUUAUUUCUGAAAAUAGGUGUAUUUUGAAGUUCCCCAUUAUAUGGGACUUAGUUUGUAAACUAAAAAUGUGAAGUUACGUAUGUCUGAGAAGCCUUAUACCGAGAAGUAUUCUCUAUAUUUUACCUUUUUAUAUAACACGAAAUUUAGAUUAUACAUGGGUUGCAUACCUGUGAUGCAGUUACUCCAAAAAUAAAACUAUGUAAAACUUUGAAAGUUAAAAGCUUUUGGAAAUGUCAAAAUUCAUAGAUUAUUUCUCUUUGCCCUGCAGUCACGUAGAAUAUUUUUUUUCCUAGUAUGGACCCUAAGAGUUGUCCGCUGAACAGUAUGCAAUAAAUCAUCAACAUGUGUUUUUCAAGUUAAGUGAAUUGACAUACAUUUUCCACUUGCCUUUGCCAACAUAUUUUAAAAUGUGACGGAACUAUCCCCAUACAAAACCCAUUCUUUAAGAUAUGACUCCACUCCUGAUUGGGCUUCAACCCGUAUCUCUUUCCUAUCUGCAAAACCACUGCUGUCCAUUCAGUUUGCUCUAUUGCUGAAGUGCUCAGAGGGCUGUUUGAGAUCUUAGAUAUAGGGAUGAUGGUUUGUGUUUCUAGGAUGAAUUUCAAAGGGACAAUCGUGUGCAGUUACUAGCUAUAGAUGAUUGAUAUAAAUGUUUACCCCUGUAUGAAGUAUUUUACAGUUUUACUUGCAGAUGUGUAUUUAUCUUGAGUUAUACUUGACAUAGAGUUUCUUUCAAUUUUUUUUUUUAAUACUAUGUGUGUAUUUUGGAAACCUUUUUAGAUGUUAAAAUUUUUGAAUGGUUACAAAUAUUUCUUGUAAUACUGAAUUGUUAUCUUAUCUGGAAACUCUUUGCAGUAACUUUUUUUGUAUAUAUUUGAGGGCCUUUUUAAAAAAGUAUUGUUUGUUUUUUGGGAAAAGUUUUUACAAUUUGGAAGCUUUCAGAAGGGCCUUCCUCUCAACUAGGAUACUAACAGAGGUAAGAGUUUUCUUAAGUAUUUUGCAGAACUAAGGAUGUAUCCUCAAGAAAAUAUUUAUGGAAGUAAUUUACUUUUUUUUUUUUAACAAUGCUUUUGUCUGUAUAAAGUAUGCAACAGAACUACAUUAAGAAGGAAAUAUUGUCUACAUAAAAUAUUAUAUGAAAGUUGGUACAUAAUUCUGACAAAAAACCUUGCAAUUCUUUAAGCCAUAUUGUUUUUGUUAUCCUUGGAUGAAAAUAUCAGUAUUAAGUAACCAAUAUAUUAUUCAAGUGCUUAGACUUAUAUGAAAAUGCUUAUACAGUUUAUUUAUGUGUAUUUGGGGAAGGAUUGCUAGAAAAAGCUAUCACUAGACAUAUAGCGAGUGAGGAGCGAAUAACAGUAUUACUGUCACUUUAUGGCCUUGUGAGAGACACAGAAGAUGCUGAAAGCACCGUCGAGACUCGGCUUUCAGAAACUCCGAAGCACAAGCGCUGGGUUUCAGAUGGUGGUUCUUUCCUUUCCCGUCACCAGAGGGGAAGAGAGUUGGUUGGGACGCUGUUUGACAACUUGACUUUCACAACUCUUUGCAGACUGUGAGCUCAGCUAUGCAGUAUCGGCUACAGCAAUAAUAUCAAUCAGAGGAUGUAAGAGAAAAGGAUUGACGUAGAUUAUUGUAGGGGGUUAUGUUUAUUUUAAUUAGAACUCAUAGCAAUAUAGAAUAUGCAUGUGCACGUAUUUGAAGCAUUUUUACACUUUACAUUUCAUGUAGUUUGAUUAUAUUAUGAAGGAUUGGGUUUUUAGUUUGAUAUUUUACCAUGCUAAAAUGGAAGGUCUGCCCAACCCUGUACUGGAUUCUUGUUUCCUUUAAAAGGUUAUUUAGUACAGCACUCACUGCGUUGUGUACUAGUGCUAAAACUAACACUGUAUCUUAUGAAUUUCUUCAGCUUUAAAAAAAUUAACCUAAUUAUUAUUACAUUUGUUUAGCUGUACCCACUGACCUUGUCAGAUUCAGUUGACGAUUUGUAUAAUUUCUUUUUCUGUAACUGUUAAUAAACUUGUACAGCUAAAACAAACAAAACCUAUGGACAAAGGCCUCAGAGGUACCAGUUCCUGCAUCAGCAAUCAAGAUGACAGCUUGCUCAUCUGGUGGCUGUGUCGCUAAAGAGACUGUAAAACCUCUGUUGUGGAUUGUCCAUAAAAUGGCAUUCCGACAUGUGCCUUAUUUGCUGGAUAGUAUAAAGCUUUCCUCUAGUAUUCUAGCAUUUUAAUGCUGUAUUAAAGUACUGCAAAAAAACCCAACAA